UUUCAGGCUACAGGACUGUAAUGAAGCACUGAUCCAUGUCCAGAUCAGCUGAACUACCUGGUUUGUUGCAUGUCUUUAAGAUGCUGCUCUGGUUACCAUCUACCGCUGUUGUGGAUGACCAGCUUUUACUAGCAAAAUAAAAAUUAGGAUAUUGGCACCUGUUAUGUACAACAGUGUAAUUUUGAGAACCAUAUUGAACAGGUCACCCUUUAUAAACCUAGUUACAUCUGUUUGGAAAUGAACGUCGAUAAAUGAAUUAUGCCCUUUUUUUUGGCUAUAUGGGCACCUUAUCUUCCACAUUAUUACUAUAGAAUAACUGCGCUGGAUUGUGCCUUUACGUAACCCUUCACCGUGGUGAUGCACGAAGCAGCAGCCAAGCCAGUCACUGAAUUAUAAUAAUUUCCGGCCGUCAAUAGCAGGUUUAGUAAUGAGAAGGCGUUACGUGGCCUGAGGGACAGUGUUCCAUGAGAUAUCCGUGCAAAGGUCCGCGUUCACACUACAGUCAAUAGUUUUUAUCUAAAUAAAAGUAAAAUAUUAGAUCGCACUUAUCGAUCCGCCUGAUGUUGACAAACAAACGCUAAAAGCGGAUCGCCGCCCCCCGGCUUGCGAUGCUGCCGCUGCUGCUGAUGUCACAAGUGCCGCUCGCUGCUGGGGGACGAUGAUGGCGCCUGGCGCUCGGCGCCCGAGCGGCUCUCCUCCGUAAAGGCUCGGCUGGCAGCCCGCCGACCGGGAUGGACGGCACGGCGCUCCCGGACCACGAGCAGCUGCUGCAGCUCCUCGCGAAGCUUAAGGAGGUGUUCGACGUCUGCGACGAGGAUGCGGACGGCUUCAUCCGGAUCGAGCAUCUGGUAAACCUCGGUGUACAGUUCGGGCAGAGAGACGAGGUGAGGAGGCUGUCUGAAUAUCUGGACCCUGGCGCACAAGGAAAGAUCAACUUUAAAAGCUUCUGUCAUGGAGUAUUUGCCCUCAAAGGAUGUGAGGAGAUUCUGAAGUCGGCACUGGGGACCUUGCCCGUGCCCCCCCGGCCCCCCCGACCCUACGAGACCGACAACGGCAGUUGUUAUCAGGAAGAGAAGGCGAAGGUCCCCAGGGUCCAGGCGCUGUUCCCGGGGGGCGGGGGCCCAUCCCAGAACGAGACCCAGGACUCGGACAUGGAUAGCUCCGACGGGGGGCGGUCAGAGGAGAGGGACACGGAUCUCUUCCUGUCUGUCACCAGCUCUGGUCAGCUGGACCCUUGCGUGACCUCUGACCUUUGCGCACGCUCCCCCACAUCCUUGAUCUCAUGUGAGGAGCAGUUUGAGGAUUAUGGCGAGAGCGAGGAUGUGGAUUUUGCCCCCGGAAGCCCCUGUCCUGACGACGAAUCCCGAACCAACGGAUGCUCCGACCUCGGCUCCUCUCUCCCAUCCAGUGCUGGGCACACUCCUCAGAAGAUGAGGCACCUCUGCAGCAGCGGGCAACUGGACAUCUACUGCUCACAGUGCUGCAGGAAGGUCAACCUGCUCAAUGACCUGGAAGCACGGCUCAGGAACCUCCGGGCCAACAGUCCAAACAGGAAAAUCUCCAGCACGGCCUUUGGAAGGCAGCUCUUCCACAGCAGUAACUUCAGCAGCGGUAAUGGCAGCACCGAUGACUUGUUUCAUGACAGCGUUGACUCCUGUGAUGUUGACAUCACUGAGAAGGUUAGCUACCUGGAGAAGAAAGUGACAGAGUUAGAGAAUGACAGCCUGGUGAGCGGAGACCUGGGAUCCAAGCUUCGACAGGAGAACACACAGCUCGUACACAGGGUUCAUGAAUUAGAGGAGCAGGUGAAGGACCAGGAGGUGUGGGCCGAGCAGGCGCUGGAGGAUGGACUGAAGAGGCACCGUGAGGUCUACAGCAAGAUGGAGAGAGACAAGCGCGUGGAGAUCGAGCUGCUGAACACCAGAGUGCAGGAGCUGGAGGACGACAAUGGAGAGAUGACCGUGAACGUCUGCAGGCUCAGGUCACAAACGGAAAGGCUGGACCAGGAGAAGCAGCGUAUGUCCGACAAACUGGAGGACACCAGCCUUCGUCUGAAUGAUGAGAUGGAUCUUUAUAGGAGGAUCAUGGACAAGUUGUGGCAGAACCGGCACCAGUUCCAGAAGGAGAAGGAGGCCAUGCAUGAGGUGAUUGAGGAUCUACGGCGAGAGCUGGACCACCUGCAUCUUUUCAAGCUGGAGAUGGAUCAACCGGGUCAGGGGCGAAGCACCAGGGUGCGAGAGAUCGAACUCGAGCACGAAGCCAGGCGCCUCAAACAGGAGAACUACAAGCUGCGAGAUCAAAACGACGACCUGAACGGUCAGAUCCUCAGUCUCAGCAUGUAUGAGGCCAGGAGCUUGUUCGGGGCACAGUCAAAGGUGCAGUCACUGGCUGCUGAGAUUGACAACGCUUCCCGUGAUGAGUUAGUGGAUGCCCUGAAGGAGCAGGAGGAGAUCAAUUCUCGCCUGAGGCAGUACAUGGACAAGAUCAUUCUGGCUAUUCUGGAACACAACCCCUCCAUUCUGGAAAUCAAGAGCUAGACCCUCCAUUCUGCCCCCUGGUGGCUGAUGGAGGGACUGCACAGAUCAGAGAGGACAAGACAACCAUGGAAAUGUCCCUCUUGUCACCUGUCAUCCUCAUGUCUGUCUACUGCAGCCCAUAUUGAAUUCAGUUCAUUUACAUAUGACACUAAUCAGACACAAUAUCACUACAGGAAGGCUUUAACAAAGAUCAGUGUCAGGAUUACGGAUAGGCUCAAAGAAGUUUCUAGGGAUCCGUGUAGAAACUUCCAGAAAAAUACAGAAGUGGAAAGUAACCCACACAAUUAAAAACAAUCCAUUCCGCCUGCGUAUGGAGAAGAAUCAACAUGUAAACCCUGGAAAGAACAAAGAUUGUGACAAGGAGCUUUAAUCUGUGGCCCAGUGGCAUCGCGAUGGCUGCGGAAUAUCUGUGGGUCAACAAUUUGGGGCCUGAAAGCAAAUAGGCGUGGAGUGAUGGCUGCAGUGGUGCACGAGUGGUGUGUUUAUUCAUGUAGAGAGGGAAAAACGUCAUAGGACACAGAAAUAUUUCGAUUUUUAACAUAAAUGUCUUUAAACCAUGACAUGUUGGGUAACUGCAGACCAUGAAUGUGAGAGGCAGCUACCCAAAUUAAACUAACAACGCUUACAGAGUCCUGCAGCACAGGUACUGGUGGCAUUUGCUGCCUGGUAGCUGGAAGGCUGUAACCAGUACGAUGUAUGGUGAUGUGAGCGGCACGCUGGUGAUGUGAGCGGCACGCUGGUGAUGUGAGCGGCACGCUGGUGAUGUGAGCGGCACGCUGGUGAUGUGAGAGCCACGCUGGUGAUGUGAGCUGCACGCUGGUGAUGUGAGCGCCACACUGGUCCCACACUGUAUCUUUAAAUUCACCUGCAAGAUGGCAACUUCUCUUACUUCAAAAGAGUAAAAAAAUACUCAUCAUUUCAGGAACGAGCCACCAGUGAAUGACCAUUAGAGUGAUUUAAUUCCACUGAACCCUAGUUUGUAGGAUUUUGUGCUUGUUUUUUCCCCUGUAUUUCGUGCCUCGAAAGUACGAUGGUUUAUCAUAAUUGUCACAUGUCCACUAUUGUUUUUUUUUUUCUGUUUAUAGAGAACUUUUCUACGUUUGCAUUCUAGAUUGUGUGUAUUUUUCUGAAAUUGUAAAUGUUGUACAGAAUAUAGUGUAUUCAUUUGUCAUUGAAAGCAAGAGAAUAACAAUUUUUUUUACAAAUAUAAAGACAUGUCUUAUACUCACUAGAUGUUAUACUAGGAAGCACUUACUAUUAUGAUUAUGAUAAUUAUUAUUAUAGUAUUUAUCAUGUCCCCUACGAUACAUAUAUACUCACCAUUUGCUCAUUAACUGCUUAGGUGGACAGUAACCAGCCGCAGCCUGAUGACCCUCUCCUGUGGUUAGCCAGUGGUGCGUAGCCGUCUGUCUGUUAUACGCUAAUUCGUGUUGCCGCUGUAUUGUAGAUCCAUCCUGUUGUUUAGACAGAUCCCGGCGGUGCUUCCUGGAGCAUUCAAGUGUGACCUUCAGCUUUCAUUUCAUGAUAAAUACGUUUCUUUUGGCAUGGAAAAAAAACGUGUUCUGCCGAUUUCGCUUCCGUCAUUAAACCUAUCCGCGUUGCAGCCAA